CUCUAAUAGAUCGAACUGAUUGAUCGCGUUGACGACAUCUACAGAAACACGUCGUGGGACGAUGAGUUCGUAGGUUACGGCGUUCAGAUCCAACAGAUCAUCAUAGAGAAGACUCCGACUCCAGUUGAUCCAGGUCAGAGUCACUUCAACAUGAGAGGGAGUCCAGUGGAGGGUCGCCGAGUCUGGGACGUCAAGAAGCUGCUGGAGCAGUUCAGCAUUGACAUCGCAGAGAAAGCCUCCAACGUGUGUCUGGCUCAUCUCUUCACCUACCAGGAUUUCGACGAGGGGACUCUGGGUCUGGCCUACGUCGCCCCGUCCAGACCCGACAUUCCUGGGGGGCUCUGCUCCAAAGCGUGUCCGUCCUCCACCAACGAACACAGAGCCAUCUUCCUCAACACGGGUCUGACCAGCACCAAGAACUACGGCAAGACCAUCCUCACCAAGGAAGCCGACCUGGUGACGACCCACGAGCUCGGCCAUAACUUCGGAGCGGAGCACGACCCCGACAACAUGGCGUCCUGCGCCCCGCCGGAGGACCAGGGGGGGAAGUACGUCAUGUACCCCAUCGCCGUCAGCGGGGACCACAACAACAACAAGGUACACACACACACUCACAGAAACACACAAUACACACACACACACACACACACUCUCAGAUUUGAUAAACUUAUAAUGUGUUUU